ACCUCUUAUUGAAAUAUGCAGUGCAGUGACAAAGACCAGCUGCAAACCUCUGAACAUAACGGACAGAAGUUCACUGACCUCAAAGGGAUGACGCUAGCAGCUUUCUUUACUCUGCUCCUCCUUACAGGUGGGAAUGCUUCAACUUCACAACCAAACCAACAGCUUGGGGAUUCUCCAGAAUCAUUUGAAAACUCUCAGGAAAUGUCAGGUGGAAAUGCCUCGGAUCUAUAUAACCAGACCUUUCUCCACACGGCUGGUGGAAAUGCUUCUGAUCCAGAUGACCAGAACAUGCUCUUAAUGCCUGGAAACAUUGAUAUUAGUGUAAUGGCACACCCAAGGCCAGAAAAUUUUCUUCAGAUCUUUGAAAAAGUACGAGAAAAUGAGGUUGAUGUCCCAGAGAACUGCAGUUCUCAAUCUGUUUUAGAGCACUUGAAUCUGACUCAGAACAGUGACAAGUACACUGUGGAGCGGCCUGUAAGACACUACAAUCAUUUGACAUGGGUGCUACUUGAGAUGAAGAUUUAUGCUAUUCUAGAUGUGAGAGAAACUGACCAGACAUUUAUCGCUUAUAUUUGGAUUUACUUGAGAUGGGACAAUGAGUUCCUCUGGUGGUACCCAGAACAUUUCUGUGGAAUUGAACAUAUCUUGGUCCCUACUAAAUUUUUGUGGAUGCCAGAUCUCACUAUUGUAGAGAAGACAGAGGCAGACAAAGCCUCUCCAAGCCCUUAUCUUAACAUCCGGAGCCAUGGCUGGGUUGAAUAUAGAAAUGACCAGGUGGUGGUCAGCACAUGCAAGAUGCAUGUUUAUAGAUUCCCAUUUGACAGACAGAGCUGCAACAUCUCUUUUAAGUCAAUUAUGUACUCAGAUGAAGAAAUUGAGUUAUUCUACAAUGCAAACAGUACAGAAAUCACAGAGUGGUCACGAAAAGUAAUGCGGACGCAGUACGAGUGGCUUUUUGACAGCAUGACAGUCACAAGGAUGACUGUCAACGAUUUUGGCUUCAAUCAAACAAUGAUCGUAUACACAAUAAACAUGAAGAGGAGAGCUGUCCUGUAUACUGCAAACUUCUUGCUGCCUGUUAUUUUCUUUUUUUGUCUGGACUUUGCCUCCUUGCUGAUGUCAGAUACCAGUGGUGAGAAGAUUGGCUUCAAAGUCACCAUAAUGCUUGCAGUGACUGUGAUGCAGCUUAUUCUCAACGAUAUUCUUCCAUCUUCCUCUGAUAGGAUUCCUCUAAUAGCGGUUUACUGCAUUGGGACUUUUGCUCUAAUGCUGCUCAGCCUCUUGGAAACAAUUUUGGUGAUUUAUCUGAUUGAUAAAGAUGCAUCCCAGGUUGCUGAAAUGGAAAAGACAAAAUGGCAGGUUGAAGACCAACAGGAGAAACUGACUGACUUUCAAACCUGCUUUAUAGGGAUCCAGAAAUGUAGUAACUGUACAUCUGCAAAGAAAACAUCUUUUUAUUGUUCACCAGUUACUGAAAAAGAGGGUGGCAGGGGUGAAAAUACUGAAGUGUCCCUUGCACUAGAAAAGAUGUCAGACGACCUCGGAGAGAUCAAGAAAUCAAUAACUCUUCUCAGUGGCAGACAGGAAGAUGCAAAGCCUGGCUACUGGACCAGAAUUGCUAACAAAAUAAAUAAAGCUUUUGCGAUUUUUUAUUUCACAGCAGCAACCCUGUUUUUAGGGAUAGUUUUUACAAUGUGGUUUAAAGAAGAUGCCUAGUAUAUAUAACAGUAUAUAUGUUGUGUUUAACCUGUGUAUUAAUGCUCGACAUUAAAAUAUUGAUUCUGCUUAUUUUGUUAAUUUAAAAGGCUUCAAAAAAAAACAAACCACUGGACUUUGUUUUCCAAGUUUGAAGGCGUUUCAAUUCCCAUCCAGGAAGCUUUUUCAAUUCAAAAUGUCUGAAAUAGCGUUGAGUUCCAACCUUUAUAGAUUAGCCCAACAAAGCCUUGUUUUGGCUUAGAAACAUCCUAAUUGAACCGAAAGAACAGGUCCGCCCCUUAGCAUAGGGGAGUGGUUGAGGACUUUCUUAGCCUGCAAUACCCGACACUGGCCUAUACCUCUGAAAAGGGG